CUGUAAAGAGGGUGGGGAGGCUCGUAUAAAGUGCGAUGAUUUGAUUCGUAAAGGAAAAAAGCAUUUUACUUUCCUCACAUACAAAUUCUAGAGAGAGAAACAAAUCAAAUGAACAAUUAAUCAUUUCUUUCCAAAUUGCAAGCUUAUAUGUAAUGUUUAUCUGUGAAAAUUCCACAUGUUCUGCUGGAAGGAACUUGUAACUUCUUCAAUCUGGGCUGAAGCGUAGGUUUUAGAGAGAGGAUGUGUGGAUUAAUCGAUCUGAACACUGUGAGCAAUGAAGACGACGAAGAAGCGACGGCGUCUCCGGAUACUUCGGAUUUGACGGAGACUUCUCCUCCGCCCCCGCCGGCGUCGCUGAGUGUGGAGCUCUGGCACGCGUGUGCGGGACCGCUGAUUUCACUCCCGAAGAAAGGAUGCGCUGUCGUGUAUUUACCGCAGGGCCACCUGGAACACCUUUCCGACUACCCUGCCGUGGCAUAUAACCUCCCCCCUCACGUCUUCUGCCGUGUUGUUGACGUCAAGCUCCAUGCGGAGGUAGCUACUGAUGAGGUCUAUGCACAAGUGUCACUGGUACCAGACAAUCAGAUUGAACAGAAAUGGAGGAAUGGUGAUGUUGAAGUGGAUACCGAGGAAGAGGAUACUAAAGGAGAUAGAAAGUCAAGUACAUCACACAUGUUCUGCAAGACUCUCACUGCUUCAGAUACCAGCACCCAUGGCGGUUUCUCUGUCCCUCGGCGAGCUGCUGAAGAUUGCUUUCCUCCUCUGGAUUAUAAACAACAGAGGCCGUCACAAGAAAUAGCAGCAAGAGAUCUUCAUGGGAUUGCAUGGAAAUUUCGUCACAUCUACAGAGGUCAGCCACGAAGGCAUUUGCUUACCACUGGUUGGAGUGCAUUUGUAAAUAAGAAGAAACUUGUUUCAGGAGAUGCUGUGCUUUUCCUUAGGACUGAGGAUGGAGAACUUAGGCUUGGAAUCAGAAGAGCAGCUCAAGCUAAAUUUGGUUCUCCUCCUUCAGUUCCUUUUAGUCAACAAUUGAAUGUUAGUGGUAUUUUGGAUGUGGUUAAUGCGACAUCGACAAAAGGCAUUUUCAGUGUCUGCUACAACCCAAGAGAUAGCCUAUCAAAGUUCGUCGUACCUUACAACAAAUUCUGUGGGAGCCUUUCACGUUCUUUUACACCUGGAUUGAGAUUUAAGUUGCACUUUGAAACGGAAGAUGCGGCGGAAAGUUUAUGGCAGGUACAAUGGAAUUGUAAUUGGGAUUGGUGAUGUGGACCCCGUGCGUUGGCCAGCUUCAAAAUGGAGGUGCCUAUUGGUGAGGUGGGAUGAUCCAGAUGACACUAGACAUAACAGGGUUUCACCAUGGGAAAUUGAGCCUGCUGGAACACUUCCCGGACCAAUCAAUAUGAUUGUACCUGCUGCAAAGAGGACCAGGAUUGGACUGCCAACUCUUGGGGAAGAUUUUGCAGUUGCUGAUGGGAGAGUCGUGUUGGACAUUGGUGACCCACCCAGAUUUCCAGUCUUGCAAGGUCAAGGAAUUUUUGCAGUAAAUAAUAAACGUUAUGAUGGUUCACUGUACCUUCCUGGUUAUGACAAUUCAGAGAUUUCUACAAGAAGUAGAAACAUUAGAGCUCUGCUGUGUGAAUCAUCACAAGAAAGCUUUGCUGAACCUUGCCGGUUCAAUAAGGUCUUGCAAGGUCAAGAAACUUACCCGAGAUGGACUACACCACCCAUCCCAAAUCAUCACCACAGUCAAACACAACAGCCACCUUCUUCUCCGUUUCAUCGGGUCUCUUCAUCACCCCCUGUGCUAAUAUUUCAGAAGCAAUCCAGAAUUUUGGAUCUUCUCCGGCCUCAAUCAUCCUGUACGGUCUUCGGUUUCCCCAUAUUAUCUGAGGGAUUAAGUGGCCCAUUCACUGAAGAAAGCGGUCCAUCUUCACAGGGCGAGACAACAUCUCAAGUCAUUUCCAAUGCAAUUGGAAGCAGUUUUCCCAAAGUAAAUGAACCUUAUGCCUCAAGGGAAGUGCUUCUUGAUAUAGCACUCUAAAAAGGGAUCUCUUGUGGAAGAAAGUGUUCAAAAGCAAGUGUCUUUUAAGAUUUGUGAUGCCUGAAAUAUAAAUUAUAAUGUUGCUUGCUUGCUACAAAAGCCGUGAUUUGUUUUUGUUUAUGGUUUUGGGCUGUUGCAUCCACGAUAUUGAACAUAUAUUUUUAUAGUACAGUACCCCAGUGUGUAAGACAAUUGCAAACUGUAUGCUUACUUUAUACUUCGUAUUCCGUAUUAUAAACAUGUAAGAUUAUUUUAGAACUAGCUUUCAAGCCCGUGCAUUAAAUGUGAUUUAAUUUAGCUAAUU